AUGGGUGGUCGUUUGUCGUUCGCUGCCAGCUACCAAACAGCCCAGAUCUCAAGGUGUUGGUUCUGGGCUUCUUCGCGUCAAUCCAAUCUUUGCAGUACAAAUUGGUUAGUCGCACUGUGGAAGAUGUUAUUCGUGCUACGCUCGCUGCGUUUGACCAGAGUGGCGGAGAGGCUCUGGACAAAGUGUUUCUUACCUUGCAAGCGGUGA